AUGGAGCAGUCACAACCAUCCCUUCUCGAGAAGUCCAGUGGCAUGAGUGAGGGCUGUCAACAGCAUGUCGUCCCUAAUGACAUGAUGCUCCCUUACAUCUCUCACAUGCUCUUGGAGGAUGACAUUGAUGAUAAUGAGCUCAAUGAUCACCCUGCUCUACUCCAGGUGCAGCAACCCUUUGCUCAAAUUCUCUCCUCCUCUUCCUAUGGUGCUAACACCAGUAACACAGACAGUGCCAAAGAUUUAUUGCAAGAUGGCAGGGAUGAUGAUAGCACACUCAACCUCAACUCAGCCUUAUCCAAGGGUACCGACGCAAUUCGGGCGUUCCUAAAAGGCAUGGAAGAGGCAAACAUGCUCUUGCCCAAAGACAACAAGCAGUUUAGAGGGGGUGUGCAGGUGAAUCAGAUGGUCCAGAAAAGCAGCAAUCAUAGUGGGGAUAAGAAGAGGUAUAAUAGGGAUAACCAUAUGGAGGAUGAAAUAAGGACCGGCAAAGCUGCAAAGAUGAUCAAGGAUCCAGAGGAGAAUUGUGCCAAUGAGAUGCUUGAUGAAAUGAUGUUGCAUGCCUAUGAUACAUGCAUCAAGGGCAUGGGGAAGCUGCAUGUCUCCAUGGACACCAAGGUGGAUAAGGGAAACAGGAAGAAAUAUAACAAGGCGGCGAAGAACAAUAUGGUGGACAUACGCACAUUGCUAAUAUCUUGUGCGCAGGCCGUGGCAACAAACAACCACAUGAGGGCACGGGAGUUGCUAAUGGAAAUCAAGCAACAUGCAUCAGCAACAGGGGAUGCCACACAACGGGUAGCUCUGUGUUUCACCAAGGGGCUGGAGGCACGGCUAGUGGGUGCAGGUAGCCAGCUUUGGCAGUUGCUCAUGGCAGAGCAUCCCUCCAUCGUGGAGUUCCUCAAGGCCUAUAGACUUUACUAUGCAGUCUGCUGCUUCAAAAAGGUGGCACUCAGUUUUUCGACGAUGACAAUCUUGCAGGCCAUGGUGGGUAAGAGGAAGCUGCACAUUGUGGAUUACGGUAUGCAUUUUGGCUUCCAAUGGGCAGGCUUGCUCCGCUUGCUGGCGGGUAGAGAAGGUGGCCCGCCAGAGGUGAAGAUCACCGCCAUAGGCCCUGCCAAGCUCAAGGCCUGUCCAGCAGAGCGAAUUGAGGAACUAGGGUGCAGGCUCAGCAAUUGGGCCAAUGAGUUCGGCUUGGCUUCUUUCAAGUUCCACACAAUCAUGAAGAAAUGGGAGGAUGUUCGCAUCGAAGACUUGAACACCAACACAGAUGAGGUGCUUGUCGUGAAUGACCUCUUCAGUUUUAGCACCUUGAUGGACGAGAGUGUAUUCUUUGACAGACAAAGCCCUAGGGAUACCGUCCUCAGUAACAUCAAGAAGAUGAGGCCCAACGUGUUCAUCCAGAGCAUUUUGAAUUGUUCAUGUGGUUCCUCAUUCGUGGCACGGUUUCGAGAGGUGAUGUCCUACUACAUGGCACUAUUUGACAUACUGGAUGCAACCAUGCCAAGGGAGAGCAAAUCUCGAGUGGUGCUGGAGCAGUUCGUGCUUGGUCGUCCUGCACUUAACAUCAUCGCCUGUGAGGGACUAGACUUGGCGCAACGCCCUGAAAAGUAUAGGCAAUGGCAGGUGAGAAACCAACGGGCAGGGCUGAGGCUGCUGCCAUUGAAAUCAAGAAUUGUAGAGGUCGUAAAAGAUGCAGUCCAGAAGCACCACCACAAGAACUUUUUGAUAUGUGAGGAUGGCCAUUGGCUUCUACAAGGGUGGAAGGGGCGCAUCCUAUUUGCGCACUCGUGUUGGGUAGCCCAAGACACCUCUCAAUGA